GUGCAAUCUCUCGUCUGAUCUCAUUUCAGCUCAUCUGUGAUAAAUCCCCCAGCUGGAGAUUUGGCUGCAUCCCAGACCCCAGCACCGAUCUGCUGGUUCCCCAGCACCAUGGAGGCUUCUCUUGCCGUCUGCCUCCUCGCUGCUCUCCUGGCUACGGGGUCCUGUCUGCAGUGUGAGGUUUGCUUUGGACCAGGAACCAGCUGCUCGGGCGACCUACAGACCUGCGCCAUUGGGUUUGACUCUUGUGGCAUCAUUGUGACAGAAACCACAAUUGCGGGAAUGAAGCAACAGGGCAUUGUCAAGGGCUGUAUGACAUCAGGAAGUUGUAAAGUUGGACCCCUCACUAUGAAUUUUGGGAAUGGAGUGACAAUGAAGUACGGCAUCGCCUGCUGUGUGGGAGACGCCUGCAGAACCACCACCGUUACAGUGCCCCCGGCUGACACCAAACCCAAUGGCCGGAGCUGCCCAGCCUGCAUCGCUGUGCUCUAUGCUCAAUGCAAUGAAGAGAUCAUAUAUUGUACUGGAGCUGAGACCCGAUGCAUUGAGGUUGCUGCGACUGUAACAACGGGUGGAACAGCCACAUCGAUGAUCAUGAAGGGCUGCGCUACUGAGGCUGUCUGUGCACAUAUAACAGACGCUUCGGGGUCCUUUGCAGGGGUCAGUACGAAUCUAACUCUCAAAUGCAAAGCACCUGGAACAGCACGGGGCCCAGUCGGGCUCCUCAUCCCAGCCCUCGCUGGGCUCCUCCUCAUGCAGUUCCUCUCCUGA